GGGGGGGAUCCGCCCCCUAGAGACACUUUCCGGUUCUGUGAGAAGUCGAAGUUCGGUUCUCCAUGGCGCCGCUACAAGCCACCGUGGCUCCCAGCGAAGCCUUGCGGCAGCUGGUGACUGGUGAGGGCACAGAGCAGCAGGUGAGUGAGGCGGUGAGAGCUUUGGACCCGGCCACUCCCAGCCCUGAGCGGCUCUGGGCCUCCGUCGCACAGCUCCUGGGCCUCAGCGACGAGAGCCGCGUCGCGACGUACGACGAGCUGUCGGAGUGUCCGGAUUGCAUGAUGCUGUGGGGCUUCCGCAGCAUCUACGGCGCCGAGGAGCCUCUCCCGGACGCCUCUCCCGUGCUUCAGCUCGCACGGCAACACCGCCUACCAGAGGGCCUUGCAGCCUAUGCCCUGGCUGCGCAGCUGGGCAGCCCCCUGGGUCGACUGGCUUGGGGGGAGGAGCGGCUGGGCAGCGCGCCGGCGCUGCAGCGCCGCGGCAGCUUGCAGCCUCCGGAGGACAUCUCCAGCAACAGCUGCGCUGAGGGCCUUGAGGCGGCCAUGGCAGUGGCUGCCACAGCCGCACAGGAGCAAAGUUCUGUGCCACAGCCAGUGGACAUGGAUUACCUCAUACAGGCGCGGCACGAGGACCGCCAGAGCUACGCCCUGGCGUCGCAGCUGGCGAGGGACGGCCACGCCGAGGGCCUGGCAGCGAAGGCGGAGAUGCUGUACUACGGCAAGAGCGCGGUGGUCAGCGAGGGAUACCUUUCGGCCUGGUGCUGGGUCCUUCCACUGCUGAUCUGGGUGUUGCCGAAGCUUUGCCGCAGAGAGGCGACCAGAGUCACCACAGGUUGCGCCUGCGUGAGCCUGUUGCCACCGAUCCUGUGGUUCUAUUGGCUCAGUGGCGGGCCCGCAGAUUUGGCGCAGGACGUGGGCUUGGCCCAGGACCUCUUCCAGGAGGCGGCGGAGGCGGGGCACUGGGGUGCCGCCUACGCCAUGGCGCUCAUCAAGCUGGACGAAAACCACAGCGAAGCUCAGCCCUACCUGGAGCAGGUGGUGGAGCAGGGGGAAGAGCCCGCGCUGCUUGCCUGGAGUUCCUUCGCGGACUAUUUCCGGCACAGACACGGCCUGGGAGUUGACAAGGAUCCCGACCGCGCUGGGCAGCUGCUGGAGCGGGCCGCAGACAUGGGGGAGCCCACGGCGCAAGCGCUGUUGGCGGAGUUGCUGACAAAGCAGGAGCACCAGGACGCAAAGCCGCCCGGUGGCUUCGACCCCGCGCGGGCUCUGCACUACUUCCGCCAGGCCGCCGGGGCUGGGCAGCUGCCGUGCAGAUACAACAUCGGGGUCUUGUUGCUGCAGUCCGACGCGGUGCGAAGCUGCCUGGAGGCGCGCCAGGAGUUUCUGGAGGUCGCGCGAGACAUGGAGCCGACGGUGCGUUUGCUGUUCGCCUUGGCCCUGAGGGCUUGGGAGCGUGGCAACGCCGCAGCGGCCUUACAGCUCUUCACCUUCCUGUCGGAGCUGGGCGUCACCAAGGCGCACCGGAACGCCGCGCGGCUUUGGGAGCAACGCAUCGGCACCGAUCGCACUUUGGACCUGCCGGCCGAGGAGGCGGAGGAGACCUGCAGCGCAGAGGUGGAGCUCGUGGCGACAGGCCAGUACUGCAGCGGGUUCCGCUUCAACGAGCCGGGCUUCCUGCCCUCGGAGUGCGUGAAGAUGUGCAGCCAGGAUCCUGAAUGCAGCUUCGCCACCACCUACACCACGGGCUACUGUCAGCUGUCGGGGGACUGUGCCAUGGGAGCCGCUGCGGACCCCUCCGCGCAGAUCUAUGCCGUGCGCGGCGCGUGCAGGUCGGGGCCCUCUGCCCGGCUGCUGCGAGACUGCGCGCCCUGGCAGGCCAGUCCGCGGCCGCGGCUGUGUGCAGCGCUCUUCUGGGCGCGGGCCGCGGAGUUUCCGGCGCAGGUCCAGAGCGAGCUCCCGGCCGGCAGCGCGCUGGCGGAGGCUGCCAAGACUUCCGCGGUGGCUGCAGCAUCGGCGGGUCGACACCUGGAAUGGCUGGACCUCGGGGCAGCCUUCGCCUGGAGCUGCCGCGCUGGGCAGCUGGGCAGCGGCGCGGGGCGCCUGCGCUGCGCCGCGCUGCAGGCUGAGGCUUGGCCUGGGCAUGUGGCGAACCUCAGCCUAGCGGCCAGGGAGCUGCGUCACUUGGCGAAUGAUGAAGCCCAUGCCGCAGUGGCUGUCUAUGCAACGCUGGGCUCUCUACUGGCACGCUUCUGGCACCGAGCGGUGCUGCAGGGCUGCCGGCUGCCGCCCUCGGUGGCGCUUCCGCGCUGCGACCAGCUGGCAGAAGCCGCCGGCUCCAGCGGCGUUCGCUUGGAUCAAGCUGCGCAGCUGGCCACAGAGCGCGUGCUGCUGAUGUGCCUCCUGAUGCUCACGGCUUUGCUUCUAUGCCUCCUCUGGCUAGGCUUGCGCUUCGUGCAGCAGCUGACCAUUGCCGUGGCAAAAAUCGAAGAGGCGCCUUGGCUGCGCGAGCUGGAGCCAAGUGCCUUUGUGCUGCAGCGGAUCCCCUCCUUCGCGGUGCGGAUCGGUGAUCCGGGCCGCCUCAACUGGCAGAUGCCCCUGUUUGAGAAGCCGUUCAGUGGCGAGGUCUUGAAAGAGCUCGACGUGAAUGACACUGUUCCAGACAAGACCACCUUGUCAACGACUGCAACCCCGACAAGUUACACAGUGACCACCAAGACAAUGACGACCAUGACAUCGACCUCAACCUCCAGCAGCAACUUCACCACCACCACUACCACCCAGACACGUACUACUAGCACCACCACGUCGACCAAAGACACCAGGCCGAUUUGGAGCGACGACAUUUUGUUCCAGGAAAGCUCUGCGCCCUUGUUCACGUUCUACAUGUACAGAGCAGUUGGAGAUACGGUCUACCCACCGAUGAAUGUGAAUGCUGCAAACUUGGCGGGUGUCAUGUGGUACUUGCACAACGAAGUGGUCGAGAGAACGCCGAGAAAGUUCGGCAUCACGAAGAUCAUCCGCUUCAAGGUUCAGACGCGGGCGACGCAGCCUUUGUGGGAGAAGGGCAUGAACUUCGGAGUGCGCUUUGCUUUUGAUUCCGGGCAAGCGACUGGGCCCUUCGAGUGCGGCCGCGACAAGUACGGGCCGAAGCUAUGCCAAGGCCCCUUCAACAGAAGCUUCGAUGUGGGCAUGCACAACGGCAGUGUGGUGGGUGCCUUCGAGUGGGACACCUACGGCUACUUCGUGGGCUGCAACAAGUUAGGACACUUUCCUUUCCCCACCUACAAGAUCUACUACCCCGGCGCGGUGUGGUGGAGUCUGCCUGGGCCUUGCCCCUCCAAGAACUACACGGACUGGACGGACUGGUGCAAGGAGCGGGAGCCUGGAGGCUAUUGCGAUGAGACCCCCACUGGCCAGGGGAAUUGCACCUGGACCUAUGAGGAUGCGGGGGAGAUCACCAUCGAUGAGCUCACGGGCAUCCGGAACUACUCGGCCUUCAUGGCUUCCGGCAGAAAAGAGUACAUGCGAGGUCCGGAUCGAGGCUUUGGAUGGACCUGGUGGGAUUCAAAGAAGGAUGUCCUGGCAAACGAGUGGCGCCUGAUGUUGGCGCAGGAGCUCUUCGCCAAGAAGUAUCCCAAUUCCACCCCGGAGUACGAGCUCCAUGAGCCCGAGUGCGACUUCAACAUGCGGAAGUUCUAUGAGGACAAGGGCUACUAUGUCGCAGAGUGCGAAGACGCCAAGAAGGGCGAUGCUUGCUACAGGGACGUGAUCUGGGCCAUGCGAGAAGGCAUCAAACGGCAUCCGGAAUGGUACCGGGGCCUUACUCCGGACUCGAGCUUUGAGGACUUCCAAGGCUACCUCUAUCGCACGAGUCCAGUGGGCCAUUCCUGCAAACCUCCCUGCUCCUAA